CUCACCCGGUGAAACAUGGCCCCGCUAGCAAGCGCCGAGCGCCUGCGCAGCGCGGCGUGGCUCCGGCUCCUCGCCGGGCUCCUGGUACUAAAUUUAUUUUGUGAAGCUUGCGAGAAAGUGACUUUUAAUGUGCUUUCCACACUAGAGGCAGGGACAUUAAUUGGCAGAGUGAAUCUGGAACAGUGUUAUAAGAAUUCUGACCUGAUCAGUUCAAGUGAUCCGAACUUCAGAGUUCUAGAAGAUGGGUCUUUGUUUACAACAAAUGCUGUUUCAUUGUCUUCUGAGAAGAAAACAUUUACCAUAUUGCUUAAGAAUUUGCAAGAUCCUCAACCAAAGCAAAUACAUGUUGAUUUGCUGCCACAUCCCAAACAGAUUCAUAGAACAGGAGAGACUGUUCUAAGACGAACUAAACGAAGGUGGGCUCCAGUUCCAACUAUUAUAAUGGAAAACUCAUUAGGACCUUUCCCAAUGCAGAUUCAGCAGCUCUCCUCCGAUACUGCUCAGAGGUAUAACAUCACCUAUUCUAUACAAGGCCCAGGUGUUACUCAACCACCACUAAAUUAUUUCUAUAUUGAGAAAGAAACAGGAAAUCUCUUUGUUACUUGCCCAAUAGAUCGGGAGGAAUAUCCAGAAUUUACGCUAAUUUGCUAUGCACAGACACCAGAUGGAUAUACACCAGAGAAACCACUUGUACACAUCAUCAGAAUAGAGGAUGAUAAUGACAAUCCCCCAGUUUUUGUAUCAAAUCCUUUUAUUUUCUCUGUGCCUGAAAACAGCAGACUUAACUUCGUCGUUGGACAAGUGAGCGCAACAGACAGAGAUGAGCCUAAUACGUUGCAUACAAAACUGAAGUACAGAAUUUUAAGCCAGAGUCCUGCACCUACUAAGGGCGGCGCCACAUUUAAUAUAGAACCAGAUUCAGGUUAUAUUACUUUGGCAUCCUUAAACCUGGACAGAGAGCGUGCAGACACACAUACCUUGAUGGUAGAAGCAAGAGAUAUGGGAGGUCAGCACUUCGGUUUGUGCAAUACGGCAACAGUUAUAGUUAACGUUGAUGAUUCAAAUGAUCAUGCACCAGUGUGUGAACAUAGUAAGUAUGAAGCAAGUGUUCUAGAAAACACAGUUGGUGCAAAAGUAGUGGACAUUGGUGUCAUAGACAGAGAUGCACAUGGAACACCAGCCUGGCAUGCUACUUUCAACAUUAUAAAGGGAAAUGAAGAUGGUGCUUUCAAAAUUACUAAAGAUCAGGGUUCAAAUAUUGGUACUUUAUGUAUUGAAAAGGGAUUGGACUAUGAAAAAAACAAGGAGAGAAAAUUGGAAAUAGUGGUGAAUAAUGAAUCCCCUUAUGCUUUAGCACCGAAUGCAAAACCAAUUACCACAACUACGUGUACAGUUUUUGUCAAAGUUCGGGAUUUGGAUGAAGGGCCUGAAUUUGAACCUUGUAUAUAUGUAUUAAACAUUAAGGAAUGUUUACCUGCUGGAACAGUGGUUGGCAGAUACCUUGCAAGGGAUCCAGAAACUAGAAAUAGUGAAGACUUAAGAUAUCAGAUAAUAAAUGACCCAUGUAAUUGGAUCACUAUGGACAACUCAGGUCAGAUCAGAACCACUAAAGUUUUAGACAGGGAUUCCCCAGACUUGAGAAACUACCAGUGUAAUGUAACAGUUUCUGCAACUGACCGAAGUGGAAAAGUAGGCACUGGAACAGUGGUGGUUAAUCUAUUAGAUGAGAAUGAUAAUUUCCCAGUGAUUGUUCAGAAGGAAUACAUAAUGUGCAGAGACAGAAAGCCAAUUUGCCUUACUGCUGUGGAUGCUGAUAUAGAACCUCAUACAACUCCUUUUCGUUUUGCAAUUCCUGACCAGAUGGUUCCCCAGUGGAAGUUUACACAACAUGAUGAAAGAUCUAUAUAUCUGGAACCAAGAGGCCACAUAGAUUAUGGUGAAUACACCAUUCCUAUCCAAGUAACUGAUAAAGGAGGUAAAAGUGGAGUGACAGAAGUAAAAGUUCACGUGUGUGAUUGUACCACCCCUAGUGACUGUCAUCCUGCGCGAGUUCCAAGACCUGGACGCCAGGACACGUCUGAUGUUACUCUUGGUAUCUGGGCCAUCCUUGCCAUGAUUUUGGGAUCAUUAUUGCUAUUAUUAAUCCUGAUAACACUUUGUGGUUGUUGUGGUGCUGCACCUGUGAGCACAAGUAAGCAUGUGUGUGAUGACUUAGCAAAUCAGAACUUAAUCAUAUCAAAUACUGAAGCUCCUGGAGAAGAAGUAAUGGACCCCAAUAUAAUUCCUGUGAAAAUGGGAAACAUUGUUACUUGUGAUCAAGGAGGUACUGCUAUAAAAACUGGGGGGCAGGAAUCUUUUGAAAUGGUCAAGGGAACAGGACACCAGACACUGGAAUCAGUCAAGGGAGGAGGACACCACACCUUAGAAUCCGUCAAAGGAGUGGGACAUCAUACAUUAGACUAUGGAAGGGGAAAUGGACAGUCCAUGAUGGAGACAUACAAAUACAACUACUCAGAAUGGCAGAAUUUCACACACCCUCGCCUCACUGAGAAAGUGUAUCUGUGUGGACAGGAUGAAGAGCAUAAGCAUUCUGAUGAUUAUAUCCUUUCAUACAAUUAUGAAGGAAGAGGCUCUCCAGCUGGCUCUGUAGGCUGCUGCACUGAUCAGCAAGAAGAAGAGGCACUUGACUUUUUAGAUCAGCUGGAACCCAAGUUUAGGACAUUAGCAGAAACCUGUGUGAAGAGAUAAGUGUGCUGACAACAGCGCAGGAAACCACCCCCCUUUUCACAGGGUCGCUGUUUUAAAACUUGAAUACAGCAGAUUUCUCUCUGUCUCUUUCUCUUUUCCUUCAUGGGAGUGGUUAAUCAAAUACAGUCUAGUAUUAGAGUUGUUAGUAUCAAUAUUUCUGUAAUAAAACUUCAGGGUUCUUUGCUUUUCUGAUGUAUUCUUUUAGAUUUACAUUGAAACAUCUAUUUUUUAAACCAAAUGUAAAUACAAUUUUGUAGUUACAUGGCUUUCUACACAGCCAGAAUGUUUCUGGUUUUCAUUGCAUCUACCUUUACAGGAAGGGAAAGUGUAUUCCUUAUCAUUUUAAGAACUAAAGUUCAAAGAAUUACUGGUUGUUUGGGCCUCGGUGAUAGUAAACCUUGUUUCAUUCACCUGGAUCUUUCUUUUAGUUUUAUGGAACAAAAUGCUACAGCAUUACUGUUGGAUGUUCAAGUAGUUAGCAAUGUCUUAUAUUCUUAUAAAAGUCCAAGGGGUUUUGUUUGUUUGUUUUUAAGAACUGAGACAAUUGAAAUAAAGCAACAAAAUGUCACAACCAGCUAUGCCCUUUGCAUGUUCCACCCCCUUUCCUGGUUUUCCAUUCUCCUUUCCCUCUUCCUGCGUCUCAUCAAUCUUUCUGUACUCCAGCAAUACUUUUCACUGAGCUAGAGUUAGAAGGGUAGAAUAAACAAAGUGCCUAUUUUUAAUGCAAACUGUGGGUUUCCCUCCAAGCCUUCUGAUACUUCUCCCUUAUGUGUGGAUGGUGCCAUUUUGGUUCCGUAAGGAGCAACACUCAGACAACAAGUUUACUGGUAAUGGAUUAGGUAUGACUAUGAUAUGCAUUCAGUUUGAAAUAAACAGGAACAGGGAGGAAGCAAUGUCAUAAUGCAUACAUCUAAUGUUUCUUAAACUUCCUCCCACAUACUGGAUUUCUGUGCACUAAAUCGGGAUCAAAUGCAUGUGCUGAAACCAUGGCAGCAGUAAGCAUACAAAUGAAAAUGUGACAUUGAUAUGCUGUUGAAAAAGAUGACAAAAGCCACAAUUUCACACAGUGAAAUUGCAGGAAUAACAACAGUGUGAUCUGAGCACAAUGAAUAUUGCCGAGUGUUUUGAAACAUUGCAUUGAUCACACUGUAAACACAGGUAUAAUUUGGAAAACACUGAUACCCUCAGUUACCACUUUUAUUGACUUCUUCCAUCUCUGGCCCAACAGAGAAAUAUCCAGGAAUGAUCUCUGCUGGGUUUGCACAUCACAUGGUGAUGAUCCUUUGAAAUUUGCUUGCAUUAAUUUUCACAGUGUGAGCUAUUCUGACAAAAUGUACAUUUGAUCUUUUUUGUACACAGAAAUGUAUGUACCUGUAAUUGGUCUGGAAAUACAAGACAAGUAUAUAGUGUUGGAAAUCUGGACACCUAAAUAAAAAGGCAAGAAGCACAUAGCAGCUUUUAGGUGUCCCCCUGUAGUUCUUUGAGAUCUACUAUUGAGCAAAGUAGCUUUAUAAGGAAGAUGUUUUGGCAUAAACAAAACUGGACUGGAUCCAAAUUAGUCAAGCUUAGAAUAAUUUGUUGUAUUGACUCUAGUGGUUCUAUUCUAAAUCUGGAUCCAACCCACUGCAUUUUUCAAAAUGGAAGUGCUAUACCUGAUAACACUUUUUACAUUGAAAAUUAAUGUAGUUCACAAAUGGUUUUCCUUAUGCUCAACUUAAUAUAUUCCAAUUUUGUUUAUGCUUCUGUACUUUGUUAUGCAUACUUCAGUAUCACUGGUAGGAGACUGAUGGAAAGUAGAUGCAAGUGGGUAUAUAGAAUCAUGAAUUGAGAUUAUUUCUGGAGCACCGACAACCUUGAAUACUGAGAGAAAAAUAUACCAUCUCAAAAAAAAAAAGUAUUUAUUUUUAAAGCAAACUUUCAGACUAGCUAGAAUGUAAUAGUUAGCACUACCUGGGUUUUGCCUCUUAAAGUCAAUAGUACUGAAGCAACUUCAUUCCAAAUAUUUUUGUGACUGAUUUGUGAAUUAAUCAAUGUUAAAAUUGUUUUCUCAUAUAUUUAUCUGGAUCUGCAAUAUCCAGAAAAUGUAUUAACACUGUUGCAAAUCAGUGAAAAGCCUUAAAUGAACAAUAGUGUUCCUCUUAGAUUCAGGGCUUUAUUAAUGGUUAUGCUUGUAAUGCAUAAUCUUGGGUCCAAGAUCUAUUAUAGUAGCUAACACAAACACACACAUCAAUGAAUACUAAGCAUGCCCUGCUUUGGGAAUCAUAGCUCUAAUGCAGUGAACAUUAAUCACAAUUAAGUUUCAUAAAAAGCAAUAGAAACCUGAGUUGGUCACAACUACAUUAUGCACUGAUUAAGAGAACAGGUUUGACUAAUUUUGGUUGUAUUGGAGCUGUUAUAGUUAAACAUACAAAAUACAACCUGAGGUGAAGAGGUGACACAGAAUAAGGGCUGUAUCAAAGCUAUAUUCUUAGCAUUUUACUGAAAACCAUAUAAGAAAAAGGGAGGAAAUUUAUGUUUCUCUGCUUUGCUUUUAAGUUCUGUGAACAAGUAAAAACUAUAUUCAUCUGUUCAAUAUAUUGUUUCAGUGUAAGAUACAAAGCACAGAGCAAAAUUUAAAAGCAACCAUAAUAGCAACCAUGAACUAAUUUUGCUACAAUGAAGGCUUACUCUAAACUAACAAAUAUUUCUAUUCAGUAAUGUCUUUUGUAUGUGUUGGGUUUGGCAUCUGUCAGUUUAAAUUUACCUAAGUACAGCCCAAUUACUUUUAUAAUGUUGCAGCAUUAAUUAUUGCCAUGCAUUGAAAUGCUGCAGAAUUUUUUUCCAAUAAUCACUACUCCGUAAGAGGAGAAACUGUUAUAUGAGGUUAUUAGAUAUUUUUAGUUUGGUCAUUCUUCUUACCACCCAAUUGUGUAGCAUGUAAUAUUCAAGAAUAGUAUCUUGUUCAAAAUUGGAGAAAACGGAAUGCUUCAGGAUAAUACUUCUUUGAGAAUAUUUAUAUGAUUUUAAAAUAGGUUUCAUUUAUAUGAUUUUAAAAUAGGUUUCCCCUUGAAUUUGUCACCUCUAAAUCAUGACGUACAUGUCUGCAUAAUUUAUUAAAACUAAAGAAAUCACACAACUAUCUUCUAGUUUAAGUCAAUUCAAAUUGAAAAGGCCAGUGCCCAUAAUUAAGGGGGAGGGAAGAUUGCAGGGGUGGGAAGAGGUAUUGUAGUAGCGUUGUAUAGCAUAAAUAGUAUAAAAUAGCAUACUGAUCCUGAAUCAGAUUAUGUUAAAUCUUUUCAGCUUUCUAAUAUAGGUAAUUCUUAGAAGAGGAGGUGCAAUAUUGAGGUUACAAAUAUGUGGCAUGAGCUGAGAUGUGCCUGUCUUAUUUUAGUCAUAAACUUAACUGGGUGACCUUGGUCAAGUCACUAUCUCUUAGCCCUCUGGUUGUAAUAUGGGGAUAUUCAUAUUGCCUUACAUUAUAUGUUGCUGAGACCUUGCAUGUGAAGUGCUUUGAGCUUUCAGAUGAAGUGUUGAACAUAAAUGCAUAUUAUUAUUACAGAUUCUUGCUUGUUUGGAGCAACUUAGACAAGGUUCCCACCUCUCAAUAAUCAGUUUCUCCCAUUGGCUUGUUCUGCCCUUGGGUACAAACUGUUAGAAUUACCAAGAUGAUACACAAAUGUUUAGCAAAUUAUUCAUUUCAGGAUAAUGUUACUAAGAUUUCUUUGUUGCUACAGUAUGAAAAUUGGGUGCCUUUCCAAAUUUCCAAAUCUAUCAGGGAUAGAUAAAUGUCCAAAUCUAUCAGGGAUUCCUUCAUUAAAUUAUUAAUGAUGUAAUAGUGUUGGAAAUGAAAGAGACAGUUGUUCUCGAUGCACAUUCCAGGGCUAGGGUGACACUGACACUUCAGAUGAGGACAGUGAGGACUGGGAAAGGAGGCCUACCGAUGUAGAGAUGGUGGGGGUGGAAGAGCAUUUCUCUAGGUGUUCAGGCAGACUCUGGGAACUGCCAGGGUCUGGAAUUGUGGAGAGAGGAGCCAGAGGAGCCUGGCCCAAUCAUUGACCCCAUGACAAGGCAUUGGGAGAGAAGCACUAGCCAACUAAAGGAACUGCAUGCAGCUAGGAUGCUUGCCCAUCUCCAGAGGGACACUCGGAGGGGUGGGGUCCAGGUUCCUCAAAAGUAGGGUUCUCAAAAAUAGUUUCUUGUUUGGUAUACAUAGAAGAACUGUCUGUUGCUUGAAAGAAAGGGGAGGAACCUACCUCCUGAAAAUAAGCCUUUCUAAAAGCAGCUUGUUGACCACUAAACAUCUUUCCCUGCUAUGCAUAGAUUUCAUGGAACAAUGGUAAAGUAUGACAGGCCAAACUUACAUCCUGCAUGGACCCUCUAUGAUACCUAGAACAUUGCUUAAACAUCCACUUGGACUGUUUGGAAGACCAGUUGAUAGAGAAAGGUUCCCUGAAAAAGAGACAUUUGGAAACUACUGUAACUGUGCAAUCCACUUGCAUUACUAAAUUUACUGGCCUGAAAGAGAAAAUUGAAAAUAAUGUAUUGCUUUGAUGUGUGAAAUUAAGAAUUUUGUAUUAAAUAUUUAUAAAAACUAUAUGGGGCAGUUGUGUUUUUAAGUUUAUCACACCAGCAGAAACUGCUUUGAUUCAAAAUGAAAAUGAUUUGUACUUUCCAACUCUGUUCUUAAGAAGUGUCUAGCUGUGUAAACAUCUUGUUUACUUUCAUAUUUUAAAUACAUUUUGUACAAGAAUAA